GGAAAGAAAAACUGGGUCUGAAGUUGAGAUAAGAAAAGCAAGAAGGCCGUGAAAAUCGAAAAAUGCCCUCCUUGAAUUCUAUGAGAUGGAUUGAAGAACGGGGUGAAGACAGAGGAGAGACGGAGGCGAUGGAGUUGGGGGAGAAGGGCGAAGUCGCGGGAGGGAUGAAAGGCGAGAGAGUUCAAAGGCGCCCGGGUCACGUGUGUCAAUUAGUCAUGGUCUCAUUGUCAGCAUUGCUUUGUCGGGCCUAGCGCCGUCUUUUGCCACUCGAAGCUUCUACCCGCCCGGCCUGUUUGCGGUCGUGUUUGCGCCGGCACGAUUUCCAAAGCCUCGACAUGGCGAAGGUCAAGGGCAAGAAGGGCGUGGCCGGAGGCGUGAACAGCCACAUCCGCGCCCGAUUGAAUUAUUUGCAUGCCGCUGCGACAUAUCUACAAACGGGCGAAAUUCCCUCCCGACGAUCUACAGGCCCAGAUCCUGUCGAAGGCGCCCAAGCGGAGGACAAAGAGUCGGAGCCUGUUUCAGCUCGCAUUGUGCCGCAAGUUGUGAAUGACGAUGAGGCGAUCAAAGAAGAAUCAACUACCGCUCCAACACCGACUAGUCUGAACCCGAACCUUUCACGAGUGCUGAUUUCUCAUAUGCGCGGAGUGUCUUUGAAGUCCCAGCUUCGACUGCCGGUCGAGGUCAAGCGGUCAUUCUGUAAACGCUGCGAGACACUCUUGGUUCCUGGUGUCAAUUAUGUCCAAGAAAUCAGGAAUGACAGCCGUGGCCGAAGCAAGCCAUGGGCGGAUGUCUUGGUCGUACGAUGCACCACGUGCGGGACGGAAAAGCGUUUCCCUCAAGCAGAGAAACGAAGCAAGAAGCUGGCAGAGCGUCGGAAAAUGCAGGAGCCAACAGAGAAACCAGCGACAGCAUCUUGAGCUCCCAUGGCCAGUGGCGUAAUCGACCACAAACGACAAACUUUUGCCUGUCUAGGCUGCGGA